GUGGUGAGGUAUGAGAGUGGGGUUGAUUAAAGGCGCUUGUCUGAUUCUUUCUUUAAUGUGUGUUGGUUUCUUUUGUUUGAUAUUUUUGUGUUGCUUGGUCCCGGAAGUGGAAACUUACCGGGAAAUUUCUCGUUGGAGCAAUUGAUUAAUAGUCUAUAAACCAUCAACGGCCCAACGUGCUCGUCCUACUUAGCUUAUUUGCCAUGUUUGUGGGAAAGUGGGGUACACCCGGGAUCAAUGCCACACUGUUACUGGGGCUUGCUUCAAAUGUGACAAGCAGGGACAUCGAAUUGCAAAUUGUCCACUGCUAGACCCCAAGACUCAGGGCACUCAACCUACCUCUCCACAAAGUUCUACCAGUCAGGGGGCGCAGAAACAGAGUACCGAGGUUCGGACAAAAGCCCAGCAGGCGAGAGUGCAAGUGAUGACUCAUAAGGAAGCUGCGGCCACCGACGUAAUCACAGGUACCUUGCCUGCUAACUCUGAUUAUGCGCAUGUUUUAUUUGAUUCAAGUGCAUCGCACUCUUUUAUUGCUCAAUCUUAUGUUUUGAAACGAGCUUUGCCUGUUGAUACCUCUGAUUGUGAACUACAUGUGGACACCCCUUUAAGAAGGGUGAUGACUACUAGGGAGAUGUGUAGGACUGUAGAUAUUUAUGUUGAUGGUAGACAGUUGAGUGCUAGUUUAUUUGUUUUAGAUAUCUCCGAUUUUGAUAUCAUUUUGAGGAUGGAUUGGCUGUCAAAACACUUUACCUCUAUAGACUGUCACCGGAAAUGGGUAAUUUUUAAUAUUCCUGGUGAGCCAGAAUUUAGUUUCCAAGGCAGUGGUUCUUUUGCUCCACCCGUGUUAGUAUCUGCCUUGCAGGCUCAGAAAUACCUUGUACAUGGUUGCCAGGGUUUCCUAGUCUCCGUCACUGAUGCUAGUAGUGUGAUAUCGAGACUAGAGGACAUACCGGUGGUGAGUGAGUUUCCGGAUGUGUUUCCGAAGGAUCUCCCAAGUUUACCUCCGAAUAGAGAGGUUGAAUUUGCUAUUGACCUUGUUCCUGGCACCGGACCCGUUUCCAAAGCACCAUACUGUAUGGCUCCUGCAGAAUUGAAGGAGUUAAAGGUCCAGCUGGAGGAACUCCUUAAGAAAGGGUUUAUACGCCCUAGUGUAUCACCUUGGGGAGCUCCAGUGUUGUUUGUCAAGAAGAAGGAUGGGAGCAUGAGGCUAUGCAUUGAUUACCGGGAAUUGAAUAAGGUGAAUGUGAAGAACCGGUAUCCCCUUCCUAGAAUUGAUGACUUGUUUGACCAGCUCAAGGGUGCUCAGGUAUUUUCUAAGAUUGAUCUUCGAUCUGGCUACCACCAGUUGAAGAUUAAACCUGAUGAUGUGCCAAAGACGACCUUCCGCACCCGUUAUGGUCAUUAUGAAUUCAUAGUCAUGCCUUUUGGCUUGACAAAUGCCCCUGCCAGAUUUAUGGAUUUGAUGAAUCGGGUGUUUGGCAAGUACCUAGAUCAAUUCGUGGUUGUCUUCAUUGACAACAUUUUGAUCCACUCUUCUAGCCGCACUCUUCAUGAAAAGCACUUAAGGACAGUCCUCGAGACAUUGAGAAGUGAGAGGCUGUUUGCUAAAUUUAAGAAGUGUGAAUUUUGGCUAGAUAAUGUUGCAUUCCUAGGUCACGUUGUGACUAAGAAUGGAAUCUCUGUUGACCCCCAGAAGAUUGAGGCCGUGGUUGAUUGGAGAAGGCCGAAUAGUGUUGCAGAAAUCCGUAGUUUUCUGGGAUUGGCUAGUUAUUACCGCCGAUUUGUGGGGGAUUUCUCUAGAAUUGCUCUGCCAAUGAAUCGUCUUAUCAAGAAGGACACCAAGUUUGAGUGGACUCCAGAGUGUGAAAAGAGCUUUUUGACCAUGAAGGAGAAGUUGGUCACUACUCCUGUACUUGCACUUCCAAUUAAUGGGGAAAAAUUCACUAUAUAUAGUGAUGCCUCGAAAAAGGGUUUAGGAUGUGUCUUGAUGCAAAAAAAUAGGGUUAUUGCAUAUGCUUCUCGGCAGUUAAAGCCUUAUGAAGAAAAUUACCCUACCCAUGAUCUAGAGUUGGCAACUGUAGUAUUUGCACUCAAGAUCUGGAGGCAUUAUCUGUAUGGUGAGACUUGUGAAAUCUUCACUGAUCACAAGAGCCUUAAGUAUAUUUUUACUCAAAAGGAGCUUAAUAUGAGGCAGAGGCGAUGGCUUGAACUUUUAAAGGACUACAACUUGACCAUUAGCUACCAUCCGGGCAAGGCUAACAAGGUAGCAGAUGCGUUGAGUAGGAAGUCCUCUAGCACUGCCUCUAGCGUCCUUGCCACUCAGAAGGAGUUACUUGAGGAUAUUGUGAAACUGGAUGUGGAGUUGAGAGUUGACAGCACUACGGCUUAUCUAGCCACUCUCACUGCACAACCGGCAUUAAUAGAUAGAAUUAAACUUGGCCAACAAAAAGAUUCCUUCUUGCUGAAGAUGAAGGAAAAAGUAAGAGCCGGGGAAACCCACAUGCAAGAAUUUAGAAUUUCUGAUGAUGAGACUCUGUGGUUUGGUGACAAGCUAUGUGUACCCAGAGACCAUGCUUUAAGGCGUGAGAUUAUGGGAGAUGCCCAUUAUACUAGCUAUACAAUUCACCCAGGUAGCACCAAGAUGUAUCGCGAUUUACGUAGUACAUUUUGGUGGCGAAACAUAAAGAGGGAGAUAGCUAGAUUUGUCUCACAAUACCUGACUUGCCAGAAGGUCAAGGCUGAACAUCAGAGACUUCUUGGAAAACUGCAGCCAUUACCCAUUCCUCAGUGGAAGUGGGAAAACAUCACUAUGGACUUUGUGACUGGCUUACCACGAACCUUAAAGGGUAAUGAUUCCAUUUGGGCCAUCGUUGAUUGAUUGACCAAAUCAGCUCACUUCUUACCCUACUGGACUGUCACCUCCAUUGAAAAGCUUGCCAAUAUAUACAUGGAGGAGAUAGUCAAACUGCAUGGAGUCCCUGUGUCUAUUGUGUCAGAUAAAGAUACCAGAUUUUUAUCUCAUUACUGGACAAGCUUGCAGCAGGCACUAGGUACUCAAUUAAAUUUUAGCACGGCCUUUCAUCCUCAAACCGAUGGGCAAUCUGAGAGAACUAUUCAGAUACUUGAGGACAUGUUGAGGGCUUGUGUUCUAGAUUGGAAGGGUUCAUGAGAUCAACACUUACCCAUGGCUGAAUUUGCAUACAAUAAUAGUGAUCAGUCCAGUAUCCGCAUGGCGCCAUUUGAGGCUUUGUAUGGUCGAAGGUGCAGAUCACCUGUUUGUUGGACAGAAGUGGGCGAAAGGAGCAUUUUAGGCCCAGAAUUGGUGCAGCAAUCCUUUGAGAUUGUGCAAUUGAUCAAAGAACGCCUUCGUACUACGCAAAGCAAGCAGAAAAGCUAUGCGAAUAGAAGGAGACGAGACCU